AUGAAACUGUGGGGGAGGUCAGCUUGGCCUUUGCAGGUGGCCCUCCUUGUUGCCUUGGUGAUGCUCUGCGUUGACCCACUGUCUGCUGGCAGCCGUAACCACCGGGGACCGACAGGUACACCAGGUCUCGCUCUGCACCCCCCCCUACCUUUCAACACCAGGAGAGGUUAAUUACACUGUCACUAAGAGGGUGCAACACAUGUUCCCUGAGCCUGUCGCUGACUGAGCCAUCCCUGUCCUGCAGGAGGAAGAGGGGGCUGAACAGGGACAAUUUACUCUGUCCCUCUCUUUGACACAAUGUAAUCUAGACAGGGCCUUGUUUUGGGCUUGGAUGCAAACACGCCCCAGUUUGAGUGACAGAGCCCGUGCAGAUACAAAUGGCACUUAAGCUGUCAGGAGCUGUCAACACAAAUAGAUCAGUGUGGGUGUGAUCUGAUCUUUCCAGAGCGCUUACGGGGAUGGAGUUGUUGUUCCUGAGCAGCUUGAUCUUAGCGGUUUAGUGUUGCUGUAAAAUUGGAUGCAUGUCUCAUGUAGAACAAAACAUACAGACACAUGACUUCUAAUCUCUUUGGCUUUUAAUUGCAAGUGCUUGCUUUAAUAGAUAUAGGUCUCUGGACAGUAACCCCAAAUUUGUCCCAAGCAAACUAUUAAAUUCCCCACGAAAAAAAUCAAGAAAAAGAGAGAAAACUAUCGACAGUGCUGACUGAAGUGAGGGCAACACGUGAAAUUUACUCCUCUGUUAAUUUCCAUAAGUCCUGGACACAAGCAUCCAAGGAUGACCAACACAUUCACAUCCACAUUUCAUAAAAGGCCCCUCAGGGUCAGUAGCGCUGAGUCACAACAUCUUGUGCCUCAACUUGUUAGCCACAACCGCCCGCAUCACCACCUCUGCACAUUUAAUUACAACAGUUUCCUUAAUUAUCUCCUAGUUUUUCUACGCUCUCACUGCUCCUGUUUUGCAAGGUGACCUUUACAUGCCACAGAAAUGCUGCCAGCAUUGAGCCUGUGCACUAAGUGAUUGUAUUAGUUUCCUUUUGACAGAGACGAGGCAGCCUGCUUACGGCGGGGACAUCACUAAUUGCAGGCCCUGUGUAUUGUGAAGGUCACCACAGGGACCAGCCUCUUUCCUUUUUUCUUUCUAAAUCAAGAAGAGCUGCUCCCAAACCGACUACACUUUUUAUUAGAGGGUUUACUCUAAUUGGUAGAAGUUUAGGACCUGUUGGCUGUGAAUACAAAAUCAUGAACACACAGUCUUUUGAGGGUGAAAAAUAAUUGGCGGUGUGUUCAAACUGCUGGCUACAUUUUCCGUGUUUUCUCCUUAAGUAAUUUUCCGGCUAUGUUGUUGGCAGGUCAGUCAGGCAUUUGAUCUAUGGAAGUGAUGAUGUACCGUUUGCUGCCACAUGAUGGCUCUAGAGGUCAAAAAAUGCUCCAAGUGUGUGCAUUUUAUUUAUCCUGCUAUCCUUUUAAACCAUCAUUUUACAGAAACUAACCUCAAAGAGUAAUCUGUGAUGAGAAUAGAUGCAGAGUAUUCAUGCCGAAAAAUGAAAACUGACAGAUGUCACUUUGGGUAAAUGUUGGGAAAAAGCCAUACUCUUUCUUUUAAUAUCUCAUGGCAGCACUCUUACUAAAAUUGAAAUGAAGAAUAAGCUUCCACAUGUUUCUCUGCUCACAGUUAUGUAGUUUCAUCUGGCAGGUGCUGCACAAGGUGAAAGAACUGGUUGAUUUUAAUUUUUGUUGCAUUUCUUCUGACCUGCAGAUGGCAAAUACAUAAAUAUUUAUCAAGAAAAAUAAUCAUAUUCACAUCAUAUGCCUUCUUGUAAGGCACAAACUAGCAAACAGCUGUGAGGUUCUCACUUGUAGAACUUAAAAGAAGUCAAAUAAACAAUUAUUUUCUGGGAGAAUGUCGGGAUCAUUAGUCCAGCACAAAAUAAUGUGUUGAUUAUCAACUCUUACUGUUUCCAAUUGUGUGUAAUUCAAUCAGCAUGGGAAAGAGCUUUCUCCUCUCGAGGUCCAUAUCUUAACACAAUGAAAUAUUCAGAGCACAAAAGCUAUCAAAUGAACUAUUCAUUACACUUACAGCCAUUUUCACAGUUUGCCCUCUCACAAACAGAACCCAACUGUGUAUAAAAUUAUGACAGCCUUGCUAAACAUGCAGUGAAAAAUACUUUGGUUCACCUCUAAAGUUCUCUCUGCUCUCAAUGUUUAUUCUUUUAUGGUAACAAUCAUAACAAUCACACGGUGAAUUCAUGCAGGUCACACAAGAAACGGCAUCCCAGGAGCUGUCAGGGUAAUCCUACACAACUGAUUAGUCACUCCAACUUUGAAUGCUGUUUCUCAUUGAACCAAAAUGACUUUGCUGGUAAAAUGAUUGAUUGUGUUUUCACAUCUCAAAGAAACAUUUUUCUGUAUUCCACAAUUAAAUCUCAAGAGAUACACGUCUCACAUGCUCCUUCACUUUUCUGGUGUAAGUGCUUGAAAUUUUGGUUAUCUGAGACCGCCAUUUCACUCACUCUCUGGCAGAGGUAAUACACUUUGUUCUUAAAAAUGUAAACGUGUGUAUGACACAUUGUCAUGUCUCGUUAAAGCAUGCGUAGCCAUUUUUUCCCUGGUGUGCUAACUAACUAGUAAUCCAUGAUCCAAGUGUUUUCUUAAAGGGAUAUUCCGACUUAAUAUUAAUUCAGGGUCAAACACACCGUAACACCAAGUGAGACACCCUGUUGUGAGAUGAAUGUUGCCGAUCGCUUGCUUCUCUAGUUAUACCAACUUUAGUAACAACUGCACAAUAGCAAUACAGAGAGCCACACGCACAACCAAAAAGCCACUCUAUAGCCACAAAUUAUGCUCAGAACAGCACCUAACUUCAUCAACAGUACAUAUAGGGUCCUAGCCAUAGUACUAGCCACCAAACACCUUUUUAGCUUUGCCUGAUUUCUUUAGCAAAGAGACUAAACACAACUCACUGACUGCAGCGGGGGGAAACAACUCAAGGAAGAACAUUUAUGAUCAUUUCCCAACGGAAAUGCAAUCAGAAAUACAAAAUGAUUAAUAUGAUGAUUAUUACUUCAAGGAAAUGAUAAAGAAAUGAUCAUAAAUGUUCUUCCUUUAAUUGCAUCACCCUGCUGUAGUCAAUGGACUGGCCCGAGGUCUCCGUACACACAAGUGGCUGCUGUAAGAGAGUAGGUGAGUUUGGUGUUUAGUCUCUUUGCUGAAGAAAUCAGGCAAAGCUAAAAAGAUAUUUGGUGGCUAGUGCUGUGGCUGGGACCCUAUAUGUACUGUUGAUGAAGUUAGGUGCUGUUCUGAGCAUUAUUUGUGGCUAUAGAGUGGCGUUUUGGUUGAGGUUUGUGUGUGGCUCCUGAGACCACUGUGUAUUGCUAUCCUGCGGUCGUUACUAAAGUUGGUAUAACUAGAGAAGCAAGCGGUCGGCAACAUUCAUCUUUCAAGGGUGUGUCUAACUCGGUGUAACGGUGUGUUUGACCCUAAAUUAAUUUUCCCUUUAAAUUUCCAAAGAGAUAUAUUUCUACAUGAACCCGUGCUAGGGUGGUAUUGGGACCUCGUGUCUCACCCAUUUUCUGCAUGACAAUAGCACUGCUGAGGCUACUUUUAUACUUAGGCAUUUAAAAUUAAACACACUUUUCAAGACACAACUGUGUACUUCUGCAGCCAUUAAUAUUUAAGCAUGAGAUACAACCAUUUGUGUGUUCUCAUCAAAGGCUGCUUUUAAGAUGUCUCUUUAAAAAAACAGCAGGGCAUGGUCUGAGAGGGCAGAGUUUAUUGGUGAUAGAUUUGUUGUGAAGGAAGACUCAGAUGCACCUGUGACCUGUUAGUGUAGUUACUGUGAAGCCUCUGAGCCUGUUAAAUGCUCAUAAUGGCAAGAGGACUGAUGGGAUGUGUAGGAUCAGGCUGAGGAAAGGAUGGGCUAAGUGAGGCCGGGAAGGUGGGUGAGUAGGGGCAACAAGUGAUCUUACAGAGCAGAGAGAAAGGGAUUCAGCAACAUAGAUUUUAAAAAAUCUGUUGAUUAGCAGCUAAAAAGGAUACAGAAGGAUAAACUUGAUGUAUCUUUCCACCUUGCUCCACAUAACUGAUCACUAAAUCAGGCUCUCUUGAAACUUACCCACCUGUUUCUGCAGAGACUUAUAGUAUGUCACCUCUACAUUGACUUUGCUGUCCUCUGACAGAUUUUCUGAGAUAUCUGGCCUUUCACAGCGGCAGACAUGCUUGUCAGGUAUUGACAGGGGAAAGACACAGCUUUUUGAUAAAUUGCACAAAGCUCCUGCUCACCCGUGUCUGUCAGACUACAUCAAUCGCCUGACUAACCCAUCAGUUCAAGGUAGCUUGGUUUGUUGGCCGCCCAGCCACUGUUGCCACCCCCCACCACUACCUUCCACACCUCCCACCCCACCUCCCUUUUUUGCUUGCUGCAGGAGUAGAAGCAUUUAGCCAUGCUCCAGAAGUCUUCUCAUCUCAGCAUUUGCCGGGCUCUAUUACACUGAGAUGGCCAUAACAAAAUGGUUUAAAGGCAACACUGAGACAUUAGAUACACUCUUAUUAUGUGUUUAUAGCUAGAGGCGGACUGCUCCACACAUGCAUCUUUAAACAGAUGAAGGGUGAGAGGCAGAAGCUCCCUGAACUGAGAGCUGGGAGGAGGGACAGACAACACUGAGAGCGCUCUCAGUCAAGUUGUUUGACUUCACCGUGUACUAUGGUACUUUUUUAAGUGUCUGGGGCGAAUCCUUUUUAUUCAGAUCAGGAUAAUUGACUUUGGCUAAAGCCAGAUGACAAUCAACAAAAGGGGUCACUCCUAGUGUCCUGAAUUUGUCAGGGUCUUAGAUUUUUAAAUUACAGAAGAGACUGAAGCUGUGGAUAGAGCGAUUUGACAUAUUGAGCUCAGAGUCACCCAUUAAACAGUUGAACAGAGUGAAAAAAAAAAAAAGCUGGUAACAUGAGACUCUUUGAAAUCUUGUCUUGGUGUGUUAUCAAAGGAAACUUGGCCUGGGAAAAUAAACGCUGAGAACAAAUUUACGAUCCCAGAUAAUCACAUACUGUUGACUCUUUCCUGCUCGUUUUUGUAAAAACUCUUCUCCAGUUUAACAUCUAGCUGCAUAAUGAUCUGCACCGGCUAUGCUGAAGUUCAAACACAGCCUAGUCUGAAUAAUUUCGGAUUUAGCGCAGAGUAAAGACACAACCAGGGGCGUGUCCAGACUUUUUCAACUAGGACACAGGCAUGGCAGAGGUGGCAAGGGUAUCUAUGCAAAGUUACACAAACUACAUGAAUAAAAAGUAUCCCCCCCCCCCCCCCCCCCCCGUAUCACUGUUUACUGCCAGUAUCAAACAGUUGUUGAAUUCUUUUUUGAAAAGUUUUGUGAAAUUUUCUUGAUUUGAGUCUUUGCAGGGACAAAAAGAAACUGUUUGUCAAAAGUAACAAUCAAAAGCUUCAACUAAAGAAAAUGUGCCACAUUUAAAUACAAAUAGAGAUACUACCAACCUGUCACAACACAGCAAAACCCGAUGAUUUAAACAAAACCCUCACCUCCGACAAAUCAAAAAAUCAUAGCUAGGGAUUUCAGUGGGGGGCGCCUUGGGAGGCCAGUUAGCUUUGCCCCGGGCACUCUUCUGGACAUGCCCGAACUUGUAAAGAGCAACAAGCCUCUGUUCUCUAAAUAACAGCUGUUUAUUGGCGAUUAAAAACUAAUCAGAUUGUGAGAAAGUCUAAAAACGAACAUUUUUUUCAAUCACAGUUGUUAGCUGAGCUAGCAUUGCAAUGAAGCGAACACUACUGUUCAGAAAAUUGUUUGCCCUUGAUGAACCCACCACCUCGGUCUAGCCAAUCAUUAGCUUGUGUUAGCAUGCUGACACUGGGAUUCAGCUCACGGCACUACACUGUCCACAUAGCUUACAGGACCACUCUGUCCAUUAUUCAGACUCAGCUCCUGGUGACACUACAGGCUGCUUUAAAUUGUGUAUAAGAAGUGUUUCAUUCCCAUGUGUGAGACACCAUAAACUCAAUGUGUAAAAAUGUAAUUUACGCUUCUACACUGAACAUAACAGCGUGAGAGUCUUUGAAAAAGCAUUUGCUUUCAAGACAUGAAAUUGCCUUUUAACUUUUUGUCAGUGGGCAACAAGAGUGGGUGGUUUAGAGUUCAUCUCUCCCACAUAAUAUAGAUUUUGGCUAAACUCUGUAUGUCUCUAACCUCUAUCGAUUGACUGCAGACCUCUUGUGCUUAAGAGGGAAAAUAAUAGCAAUGCUGGUUCUUCAAAAGUCUAUAUUUGUACUCAAAGAAGGCCCAAGCUUACUGAUAUAUAAUUUAGACAUACACUGAAUUCAUGCUCUUAUCAUGGAACCCAACUAUCACCCAACUACCUAUCAGUCUUUUCUAGCACACUAUAAUCGAUCUUGAAAGAGAACUAAAGAAAGGCAUUUAGAAAUCACAUUUAGGUGCUGCUUCCCUGCCACCUUACAGCAGCUUGAAAUGAUCCUGCAUCUCUAGCUUCAUUCGCUUUUGUUAACUUCCAAACUCAAUGCACAAAAAGGAACAGGAAGUUAUUAAUAUGAAGUUCAGGUGAGUUUACCUCACCCUGCAGCAAAUCGCUGAAAGGUUCACAGAUUUGAAAUACAAACAGCCCCAGCUCAGGUCUGAUGUAAGCAAUAAAGAGAGGAGACCUGUGAACCCGCUGACCUCAUUAUGCCAGCAGGAGGCGAGCCACUCUUUGUUCUCCGUGCGGUCCGUGACACCACUUCUCCUCCUCCUUUAUGACUCCCUCACUCUCUCUCUCUCCCCCCUCUCUUUCCUUCUCACUAACAAGCUGCCUGUUCUGAGAUGAGGGCAGCCGAUUGACCGGUCAUACCCAGAGUCUGGUCUGCGCUAACAAUAGAAUUAAUUCUCGGUACAGAGUAAUGAUAAUAAGAGAGGGCGAGGGUCUGAUUAAAACAAAGGCAAUUUGAUUGUGUUUGAAUUAGACUUUCAUUAAUUUACAUUGUUACUGGGUGCUCUCGUUCUGAUUAUUUCUGUAUAAUUACGCCUUCACGGGUAGCUCUCUUGCCCACUUUUUUUCUCAGCUGUUUUAUUGAAUAAGAGGUUUUUAUCAGUGGCUAUAAGUUAUAUGUGCUAUUGCAUGCUUGUGUGUGUGUGUGUGUGUGUGUGCGUGUUUGUAUGUGCGUGCAGGAGUAAUACGGCAGCUGCUUCAGCCUCAUGAGAGCUUGAGACAGAAGAGUGAGGGAAAUGAAAGUGGAGGGAUGAUAGCGGAGGGGCGCCCUCAGAGAACCUGGGAUCAUUGAUGGGGCUCUCUGGAGAAGAGAACAAACAAACUUUAAAUCAGAAAGGAUGAGAGGGGCCGUGGCCUGCAGAAAUGGAACCCUCUGCAGUUUCUGUGCGUGUGUAUGCUUGUGUGCGUAUGGCUCUAUGUGUGUGCCGGCCUGCAAAUCUCAUUCAGCUGAGCAUGAAAAGUUUUGGAGUCUGGGUAAAGUCACGUACAUAAAUGAAAUCUGGGCUUAUGGUACAGUAUAACUGAGGUUUUUGCAGGGCUGUAAAGAGGCUUAUAGGUAGUAAUGUCACCAGCAGGGUUUGCUGUGCUUGGGGGAAACGCUGCCAGAGACUCAGGAGUGCACGACAAGCUUUUGGAGCGAAAGAUAAGGCAGCUGGAAUCUGUUCAGAAGCCAUAAGCGAAGAUUAGAUAUACUAAACAUUUUACCCAACAUUUGUGCUCGGCAGGUUUUCUUUAAGGUGGCUACAAAACCCUCCUCCUAAGAGGUUCAUGGGUUUAAUGUGGCAAGUGAAAUGUAACAUUAGCAUAGACAUUAUGCAGAACACACUGCAUUACAUUUACAUAAGCCUAUUCACACACUAUCCUUGCAGCACCCACAUACUGCUGUACUGCACAUAAACAGGCUGCUCACCAACACAUGCAUCGGAAUUCUGCACAUGCCUGCCCAGUAUCGGGAAGCACAUGUAUCUUGAAGAACAGAUAUACUAGUCCAAAUAACAAAAUACAGCUCCCAGAGGAAUAAUUAGGAUGAUCAAGGCGAGAUUUAAACCAAUUGUUUAAGUGGAAUAACUCUGAUUUAAAGCAUAUUGCUUCAGUCACAUCACACUCGCAUGUAAAGCCACAGGAGAGAAAGGUUUGCGUUGAAAUGUACUCUUUGUUAAGCGCAGCCUUCUGUCCUAUUACCAACAAGACAAUGUGAUAAUUAACCAGACGAAGGUCCCCGGGGAAGUGUGAAGAUCGUCAAGAAAAAUUAGAUGUUGUUUGUGUUUUGAAGAUGACAGGUAAAAAGCAAUUAUCCUCAUGAAUAUAAAUAUCAGUAACAGAAAUACAGGGAGGCAGACACACACACACGCUCACAGAAGCCAGAAUGCAUGGCACAGAUGUGUGAAAAAGGGCGCACAUGCUUCAGUAUUUAUAUAUUUGAUCGCCCACACAAAUAGAAAGACACACUUAUUACAGUGAUGAGCACCAUCAGUGGGAUGUUCUAUCACAUCACUCCUUCACAUAAUGUACAGGUUUGUUGUUUCCUCACAUCAAGAAGCUUCUAAUAUUUCAAAGGAGCCAAAGAAACUAUUAUUUAUUCAAUAUUUAUCGCUUUCCUUGUUUUUUUUUCCCCCCUCCUGCUCAUGAUGAUAGCAACAAAGCCGCUUCUGUCUCAAAGUUAAUGAGGGCACUGGGCUGAGAAUAAAAGCAAAGUAUCGCUAAAGAGUGUUUACUCGUGAAUCAGAGGCUGUGAGACUAGAAUAAAUUGAAGAGUUUAUACAAAAGUAAAUAAUUCAGCAGAUUUGUUUAAUCCUCGCUAGAGCUGUUGUGGUGUAUAUUUGAUUUGUUUUGCAGCAAAAGUAAUUUGAAUUUUAACUCACUUGUUUUGAAGUAAACACCAAUAAGACAAAUGUAAGUUGAAGAACUCCUAGCAAAUAUAUAUAUAUACCUCUUUUCUUUCCCAUUUUCUUUCUCUCUCUGUCUCAGUCUCGUAUCAGGUGAAGCAGGGGACGUGUGAGGUGGUGGCCAUCCAUCGCUGCUGUAAUAAGAACAAGAUUGAAGAGCGCUCUCAAACUGUCAAGUGUUCCUGUUUUCCUGGGCAGGUUGCUGGCACCACCAACGCCAGACCCUCCUGUGUGGAAGGUAAAACCCCCAAAAGCCUGUGUUUUUGACAUUAUUUAUUCUGGUGAGAUCCAACAAAUGGGCUGUAGAUAUUUCUUAGAAAAGGCAGUCAAUGUGCAUUAUCUUCUUUCACAAAUUUGUGAAAGGAAAAUGCAACAGUGGCCUGAAGUGAUGGAGAAUUGUUGUAAAUUCUUUCCAAUGUUGUAAAAGUAAAGACUUUCCUUUUGGCAACAGUAAAGAACAUUUGGUUUGCUUCAAUUUUGGAGCCCCAUAGACAAAACAGGUCAUCUUUUCUCUUGGCUGAUCUCUGAACAUGAGUGAAGAGUGUUUUCUCAACAAAAGUCUCAUCCUGCUUUCUCUGAAGAGUCAAACACAUCAUCCACUGUUCAUCUUAUUCAUUAGGGAUUUGAUAUUUCUGAGAAAUGCUGGAAACGCACACAUAGUCGACCACUAGCCAAGCUUUGGACACUACCUCAACUAAUGUCAGCAUGCAUACAUAACUCCAAACCAGCACUAUCCAACCAUCAAUUCCUCACUUUACAUUGGCUCACAUGUUGUGGGAUGAUCUGAAAUCAAGUCUUGAUUGUUUUGGAUGGAUUGUUUUUGGCUUGUUCUUGGUCUGCAGAGCUAAUGUGAGCGUUACCUGGAUCAAUGGUGUCUGGUUUGUUGGACUCUCUGACAGUCAGCUCAGUAGAUGCAUGUUAUUUAGUUUGGUGCUUCUUGAGAAUCACUGGUCUUAGUGAACAUCACAAUAUGUGUUAGCAGGGGUGACAGUAAGCCGGUACGCAGCAGUACGACGUACCGGGAAGACAUAAACAGCAUAAGCAGCAAUGUAUGUAGGCUACAUUUGCUUACCGUGUUGCCGCACGUCAGUCUGCACUCUGCAUCGUAACUGUAGUUUUCCAAUAAGAUCAUGCUGCUUGUGAGUGAGUCGUAUUUUUGAUUAAACGCUGGUCGCCUAGGCGCUGGAGACCGUUUCCCGCCAUAUCCUUUCAUUCUUCUUCUUUGUUUUAUUGGUGGUUGGCAACCAACUUAAGGAGCGUUACCGCCACCUACUGGAUUGGAGUGUGGCAGAGGAAUCUUACCGCCUUUUGUGGAAGGACAGACCUUUUAAGAGACAGCUGCUUCAAUUUUGAUGCAGAAAUAAAACAAAAUGCAGAGAAAAUUGAUUUUAUGUUCAAGAUAAAGAGAGAUGCAGCAGAUGGUGAUACUGUGACAUCAGAGUCUGCACCUGCUUCAACUUGGGUGUGCUCCUCUUGUACAAACCUAUGGGUACAGUACUUGCAAGAACCUUAUCCUACUUAACCCCUGCCUAUUGUGCUGCGUUCGAAGUUACCUCAGAAGUCAGAUGUCCAAACUGGGAAUGACGUCACUUCUGAGUUACCAGCAUCUUAUGCUGCGUUCAAGUUACCUUGAUGGUCAGUUGUCGGAGCUGAAAAUGACGUCACACUGAGUUCCCAGAGUUUCAGUUACCAAGUUGAAAAAAGCAAAACCAGAGGCCUGAAACAAGAUGGCUACAUCUACGAAAGUUAUUUUAGUGCUUGCCCUAUAUUCGGACAAGGCGAGUGCUAAAAUAACUUUCGUAGAUGUAGCCAUCUUGUUUACGCCUUACGACUUGGUAACUGAAACGCUGGUAACUCGGGUGUGACGUCAUUCAACAUGAAAAAAUAGAGGUUCCAUAGGUUUGUUCAGCUCUUUGUCAUUACAUUUCAUGCAAUGACUGAUGCUGUGCUGAAUCUGACAGGGUCACAGAUGCUGUUUUCAAUCUUCUUGCUUCAUUAAAAGUGCUACAUUCAACCUAUCACCCGGAACAAAUCAUUACCAGAUUCAUUUAGUAACAUAAAUAAAUGAGUCAGUGAAGGAAAGAGUAAUAGGUUGCACUUUAUUUUAUAUUGCUGCGAGGCUAGAUCAUGUGUCUGAAUUGAUUUUUUUAUUCUGUGGCAGCAAAUGAAACACAGUGGUGGCUGUAUUCAGAGACGAACCUUUUGAAUUAGAUCAGAAAGAUCACUGAAUGAAAUUGUGAUAGAAAAACUUUAACUCUCCUUUCUUUUUUUUAAAAACAAAACAUACAAAGGUGAGAGGCUGUGAGAGAGUGAACUUAAAUUCAAGAAAAAAACCAAAAUUACAGAGGACCAUGAAAGAUGUGGUCCCUUUUUGUUCAUAUAAUUACACAAAAUACAUCCCCUAAGCUAGGAAAGGAAUUAUACUGAAUAUCUACAAUGUGUAGUUAAGUUUCUAGAUGUGCACAUGCCAUUGAAGGUUGACGCUUAUGCAAAUAAUAGAAGCCCAGUCCCCAGUGUGUGUCUGCUUCCCUUCUUAUUCCUGACUGGCUAUGGAGGGAGGAAACAUACAACAGCUGCUGGCCAAGCCGCCUCAGCCUCUAAUUGGAAAUUUAACUAUCAGUUUUAAAAGGCCUAGUUUUCUUAGGGCAGCUUUCUACUUAAUACACCACUAAAGACACCGCUAGAGUAUAAGACAGAUGGUGGUAAAGACAGUAUUUUUAAAAUAUCUCUUUAAAGUUCAAAACAUUGACCCCAUGAAACGUGCAACCGUCCUGAUGGAGCUGAUCACCAUCCAGAUUAAAAGUAAAAAUACGUGUUUUAAUCCAUCAUAUUAGUUAUAAGACAGGCAUUUCAAAGAGGGAAGUUUGGGGGGGAAAAAAAAAAGAUGGAAUCCAGUUGUUCAAAAUGUACUCCACCCCAGCAUGCACAUCUCAGUGUGUUGCACCUGUAAACGCAUGCUGUGUGGGAGUGUAUUGAUGAUAGACAGAUGAAAGCCAUGGGUCGUUUUCAUAGACCUUCUUUUGAGCCGUUUGUCUGCUCUGCAAGCUCCUGCCCAGCGAGAAACAAGCCGUGUCACUGACCCCUAUCAUCCACUGACGCUCUGCUGAGACCACAAACACACAAACAGUGUCAGCAGAGUCGAUCCAAUCAUGCUGUAUUAGCCCCCGACCGGAGCAAAAUACAUAGCGUUCUCAUAUGUGAGCAGAGCAAGUGAAUUUCCUCUGACGCACAAAGGUUAGGCAAACUGUUAAGGUCAGUAAAUGGGAGAGGAGGGGGACUAUAUCCACUCACACCGUCGAGAUUGACUGAUACAUGACCAGCAGAAAUAGGGAUAGCGAGAAUAGAGGUAAUUUGUCUCAGAUUGCAGAUUUCUUGCCUUUGGUUUGUUUCAUUUUACAUACAGUAAGUUGUGCCAUCACCCUGGUGCGACUAAUCAAUUAUAACAAGAAGAGGAUAAAACAAAAUCUUGGAAGAAGUCACAAAAGAUAAAAAUGUGUCCAUGCUGAUAACAAGUUUCAGGGUGUCCUGGGCCCUAAUGCGACAUUUACUUUCAUUGACUGAAAUCAUCCUUGGUUGUCUUUGGAGCCCUGAUCUGCACGUUUUGUUUGAUUUUAUGAGCAAAUAUUUUUUUUAAACUUAAAUCAGAAUGAGAGAAAAACGUCUCUUGAGUUUUCAUUUCAUCACUCUCGGCUGUUUCUGCUUUAGGCGUGAUCCCAAACUGUCGGAGUAACGUCCGUGUUUAGUAAUCACAACCAUCCACCCACCUCCCCUCCUCCAUUCAGCUGCUGUUCCUGACUGUGACCUGUAGACGGUGCUUUUCCCAUUCAAAUGACUCCAUCACAAACAUACCUGAGAGUUCAUUCCAGCACUAUUUUCACCCAAUAAAAAAGUAGAUUUGUUGUUUAACCUCUUUGAUGAGUUCCUGGGAGGGAACAAUUGCUUUAUAAUGAUAAAAUCAGGCAACCAUAGCAAAGAUGAUUGGCUUUGUAAUGGAAGUAGGGAUAAAUAAAGGAUCAUGUGAAACUUUGCUAACCUUUUAGAACAGGUUAAUUCUAAAAAAUUCUUUCUUUUUCUUUGCCCCAGCUCUUUUGCUAAGUUUGCUAAUCGUGAAGAUUUACGCUGAUGCAGAGAUAACGGACUGACAGUUUACUCAAAGUCAGACAAUGAUAAACUCUUUAGUUGGACCUGAUUGCUUUUCAUUUUACUCCUCACAAACCCACACACACACACCCUUGCAAAAACACACAGAGGUGAGUUCCCCCGUCACACCAGUCAUGAGGUUUUCUAAUUUCCUUUGCAGAUCCCUCCUCCAACUCUCACACCUCUCACUUCCGGAUUCAGCGCUCAGCAGCACUUACCUCAUGAGUCAUGCUUGACCUCUGAUUCACAGUCACAAAAUAUCUCACCUCACCCAUCACGGUACUCGGCAGUACACUCUGUCACACACAAACACAAACACACGAACACACACGUGCUUCUCUCACCUUUCAGGCUUGAGCACUGAUGGAAAGAGACAAACUCCUCUCAGUAGCUGCCUUUGUAGAGCAGCCAUAGAGUAAAUGGAGUUACAUUAUUGAUGCGGGCUGAAAGAGGAGUAAAUGGCAACAGGCCCAUUACUGGCUGCGCUAUGCAGGGGCCCAUUACUGUGAGACUAACUUUUCAGCUGAACUUCAUACAUCAUAAUGUGAGUCUCCUUAAUUUUUCCAUAAACAAUGAAACACUUGUAUCUGUAGAUGGUGAAAAUAUGUUAAUAUUCUGCAGUAUGUUUUAAAUGGCAUUUAGGCACAAAUUUGAGGGAAAAGUUGGUGUUACUACCAACGCCCUUUUUUUUUUUCAACAUCAAAAGAGAGACUCUAGCUCUCUGACUCUGUCUUUGCUGAUGUGCAGUGGUAGAAGGCUGAAAUUAAAAGGGAAAAAAAUGAAUAAAUAAAUUUAUAAAUAAAAACAGGGUUGCAGGUGCACACAGAUGGACAAAGAACUGAGAUCAUGUUCAUGAGCUGCAGAGAAGCAAACAAUUAUGGAGUGAAAUACUAUCAAAUCAAACUUUGUUAACAUUUCUGCAGUUUAUCAGCCGAAUAUAAGAACUUAACUGCAGAUUGCAGUUUUUGAUCCAAGUACGAAAAAAUAAUCUGUGCAAUAAACACACAAAUCCACAUCAUAAAUUUCUAUAUCUUCACCACUGUAAUUAUGGACUAUUGUGAGCUUGCAGGUUUUAUCACCUGACUGUCAAUCAAAGCAUGCAGAGACAAAGAUCAUAUAUGUAAUCUUAUAGUGGACUGUGUGUGGAAAAACAGGCCCCUAAGUGAGCAAGAUACAAAGCAUGACAGUGACAGUUACACAGAUCAUCUCAUAUAUCAAUCAUCUAUAAUAUCAUAGUAUCAUAGCUCCUCAACUUCAUGUAUCCUGUGGCCGUUAUUUCUCCCAGUCUUGUCCUGCUGUCUUGGACUUAUAACAGGCUCAUAAUUAUGCAGAUGAAUGAACAUUUUUAUUCCCCUUUAUCGACAGGACUGGCAUUUGGAUCAAUAUUCAUUCCUGCUGAAUAUCAGCGUAAUCAGAGACGAGCUCAUUACAUCAUAUCUGGUUGUCCGUUUGAUGCGAAAGAAAAGUGAAACUUUCAAAUUUCUCAAUCCAGAUGUCACUAUGGUGUAUCAAUUUAGAUAUUUCACUGAAUAAAACAUUCAGAGUCAUUUACCUACACUGAGCAAGUUGCCCUUUUAAUGUUACACCAUUUCAAAUACUGCUUGAUCACUAUGUCAGUGUUAAACAAGAUAAAUGCAAUCUGGAGUAGAAGGUUCAAGGAACUCUUUUUUUUAUGUUUUGGAUUCACGUGGUUGAAUUACUAAAGUUAAACAAUGACUUUAAGUUAGCUGCAAACUUUGAGUUCACUGAGUGUACCCGAAAAAGGUCCUAAAAUCUUUCACAACUGCCAUUAAAGCGUGUUUAAUGUUGGAGAAAGACAGAGAGUGUAAAAAACACAAUAAAAAACACUGAAUUAAAUCCACUGUGUGAUUUGCAGAAGUCUGUGACAGAAGAAGUUGUGGUCCAUUACUGGGCAAAAAAAAUCUAGUCAAGUGUUUCAGCACACCUCUGCCUCCCCUUUAUUGUAACAUUUGUUCCGUAAUAUCUCUCCUCUGUCAUCUUAUCAGUCUAUUUCUCUUUACGAGCGUAACCCUUCGCUGUGUAUUAUCUUUCCCAGUCAGUUUUUCCACUUGUGUUUUCUCGUCAUGCAUACCUGGGUGUGCUGGCAUGGCUGUGUGAACCGUGCCAACAGAAAAACAGUGUUAGUAAAUCAUUGUGGAAAGAGAUGGAUGCCCCUCUCCGACUGCCUUUGCUCUGCUCUGCAGGAUCACCGAGUGGAACAGUUACAACGCCUCAGGGUAUCCAUACCUCUGGGUCCAUCCUCAACUUCUUCUCUGUGCACUUGUGAUUGUGUGUCCGUAUGUGUCUGUGGGUGUGUAUCAGGAGGUGCAUCAUAUUUCCUUUAAAUAUUAACGACUCGGGAGCAAAGCAAUAGGAUGGCCUGUGAUUUUUGCUUUUAUGCCUGACACUCACUGCACAGUGGGGAAUGCGUGGAUGUACACACAAAGGCUUCUUUCUAUAUGUGCACAACAACAGCAGGCUCUGCAACUAUCUAGAUGUGCAUUCACAAAAGUGCAAAGUAAAAGUAAACUCCCCAUUGCACUUUGUUCUGCUCUAUUGAGUGAGUGCCUUUGUGAAGUAUUAAUGGGCAAUACUCUCACAGAUGUACGCCUGAGUGUUUAGAUUGUGUUAGCAAGCCCUGCUGGACAUCAAACAGGCCGCUUUUGAAUGACACAAUGUGAGAUGUAGGGAUUGAAUCAGGUUGACUCUACCACAGGCUAAUUUGUUAUUAUUUUACAUGACUCCGAUGAGUUGACCCUUUGGAUAUGCGCAGUUUGAUCACAAGACAUGCGUUUCUGUUUUCAUUGUCAGAGUAAGUUAGCUGAUCUGAUGCCAAAUUUAUGACAUAGAGAGCUCUCAGGUGAAAAUACAGGAGAAAUACUAUCUGAGAUACACCAGAAAAGUAUGCAUGUCAGAGUUAACUUGAAUACUCUGUUUACUUUGCUGUGAGAAUUUGAUAGUAUCCCUCACAUGAAGAAAUGCCAUGGAUCGAGAUUAUGCCAAAGAAUAGGAAUCUGGUCUGCUUGUAAGCACUUUAACACUUAGAGAGUCUGAACUCAGCACACACUCUAAUGUGUCAAACACAAGUGAUAUGCAAAGUUUUGUUGCUCCAGUGAAGCUAGAAAAUAAACAUGUGAAACCUGCAGUUACAGUUUUGUCCACUUGAUGUCACAAACAUUACAACCACAAUGCACGCAGCAACGCAGGAGGAAAUAAGUAGCAGCUGUGUUGGCUCAUAUAAGCUGAGGCACCUGCUCGCAUACACAAACAAAAAUGAAACGCUGUAUUUAAAACUUGCCUCACAAUGACUGACACUUAUCAUGCUUGUGUGAGAUUGACGUGUAGUGAUCAGCAGGAGGAGAGACAGGGCUGUAGGCAGCCUCGUAGCGUGAAACCUCCGCAGAUCUUAUUUAGAGAACCCAAGAGAGUAGGUGCGAACCUGGGGAAUAACAUCGCCCCCAGUCCCUUGUGCUGCUUAAUCACCUGCACCUAAAGUAAAGCUAUGUCUAGACGCUUGCCCUCAGCGGUGCCUGUGCUGAAAGUUUGAGAGAACUUAAAAGGGAGCCAUUUUGAGCACAGAUUCAAUUGUAAUGAGCUGAGAGUAACUGUGAUGAAAUGUAUGCCUGAGCUGUAAACCUCUGUAAUUAGCGUAUUCACCUUCAGAAUGUGUGGACUCUUAACAAGGCUGGUGCAGUUAAGUAGGUGUGCACAAAGGAAGUCCAAGGGUUUUUCUUGUUUCCUCUGUUAUUUUCAUCCUAUUCUAUUUUAAGAACUUUGUCAUUCAAGCUUUUACUUGACAACACCUUUUUUUUUUUUUCUUUACAAGCAGGUGAGUGUACAGCGAGUACGUCAGAAAUGUUUGACAAAGGCAGGUAUGUUGGAGGCAUGUGAGCUGGCUCUGCUUUCUAAGUCUUCAAAGGUUCAGUUAUUAUAUAUACCGACAGUAUAUACCUGUGUAUAUGGGUCAUGGAGAAUAUUGGUGAGAUGAAGUGGUUAAUUAACAGAUGUGUAGUUUAAUAUUUUAGAAAUGUUGUCCACUUAACUUCUCCAUCGCACUUCCAAGGACAAUGUUCCUGCAUUCAGUUUGAAAUAACUCUGACUGAAGAUAAAAGUUCAGGUGUCGACAUGGGAUGUAAUUUAAUCAGAUCUGCUGUGUGGUGUACAAAACAGAUGUUCCUUUGUCUCUUUCUUCUUCUCUUCUGGUUCAUAGAAACACAGCUAAACUAAACAUGGUACAAGACAUAGACAGUAGGAUGGGACACAGUAUGGGCUUCUACAAAAAGUCCAUCAUGGAUUGAUAGACCAGAGUGUGAAGCAAAAGAAAAUCAAUGAAAAACACUGAAGAGUGGGUCCACCAAAAACAAACUUUCUGCUGUCAUUCAGUUUGACUUUGAAGCCGUGAACAGAGAGGAACCAUAUGUACAUGAAAAUGUUUGGCAUGUGCAGUAUUGACAUUGUGUAUCGAGAUAGCUAAGUGGUAUUUGUUGAACUUGUAUUGAUCAUACUCUCUCACCCGGUUUAGUAAAGGUGUGUUGUUUGGUUAGGUGUUUGUGCGGGUUAGAAUUAGGCUACUGAUCUUUGUGGUGGACAGAGUUUUUCUCCCUGUACAUGUGACACAACUCAUCACUUUACUCAUGUCCUUCACUUCAAACAGGGGAAAAUAAAGCAGCUUUCUUCAAGACAAAGAAUGAUCAUCGGCAUUUCACAUAUUUGUCAAAUAAGAUAUUCUCUAGGCAUCACAUGGCCAGCUAAGGCAGAUGAUGAAGUCGCCUCUGCAGCCAAGCUUUUUGCUGAGCGACAAGAGCAGUGCUAUGAGAGGCCACAGUCGGCUAGUGGCGUAAGCAUUUAAUCCUUCCAAAAUCUGGUUUGAUUUCAGUUGGACCAGUCUAUGUACGCCACUAAAACCAGGUUCUUAGAAGGCUGGGUUCUUCAAAGGCUGCAGCCCUGUUUUCGUCAGUGUUUUUACCACCUUAGAAGAAAAUCUCAUUAAACAACAAUAAAUAGUAUAGAUCAUGAUACCUGGCCAACAAAUUCAACAAAAUAUAUAACAAAAAUAUACAAAUGGCUUAUAAUGAAAAUAUAUAUAGGAAACAUGUAAAAGACAAAAAAUGUAUCUUCAGCCGCCAAAGAAUUUGCAUAAGCUAUCAUCUGGUGAACCCAUAGACUGUAUAUACUAUGGACAACUUGGUUCCGCCUUCCGCCAGUAUACGGAUUUGAAGCUGAAAAGCUCUCGGUAUUUCCACAUUCUUUCUCCACUUCCUGAAACCAACGUUGCACAGUAGCAUUGUACGCACUCCACCACUUGCGCAUUCGCCAAGAGAGUCGCUGUGAUGACGCUCGGCUCAAACCGUGUAUCCCCCAGGUGAGCUACACAAUCUCUGUACAUCCAUAGGCUGUAUCAAGUGUCAAUCAUAGAAAACAUGAACCCCCAAAUAACUUUUAAAAACGGAGCUUCACAGAAAAAAGAGGACUUGAGCACAAACCAGUCUUACAUGUCAACAUCACAACCAGGGGGGAGAAAAAUUUUAAGUCUGUGUAAUAAAUUUCCAAAGUUUGUCCACAGCCCCAUAAGCUUUGCUGGAGGAGGCAGGGUUUAUGACCUAUACUGCAGCCCAUCAACAGAGGGUGCUGUUCUCACAGUGGCUUCACGGAGUGAGGAGGCAGAUGCUGUCCAUUCUACAUACAGUCUAUGGGUGAACCUCUAUCAAAGAUGGUUGCAUAAAUAUGAUAGAGGAAAAGUGAUGAUCCCAGGUAACUGUCCUUAUUUACCAACUCUAAGACCAACCUGAGUCGAACACUGAUGUUUUGCCUCAGUGUCAACAGGCAGAGAUUAAAUGGUUUGGAUUGAUUUAAUAUGUCUCAUUUUUACUUCAGUUUCUGAAAUAGAAUUGUUUUACAGGUAAUUGUAAAAAAAACAAGCACCUGAAAAAGAUCCUGUGGUGAUGCCAAAAACAACAAAAUAUAGUUUAUUUACUUCAGAGACUUGAAUGUUGUCCAACAAUUACACAUGGGUCUGGAAACUUUUAAAACUCUGUUUCUGCUAUAGCCUUUGGUAACGAAUGUUGUUGACAAGCCAAGCAAACUAGCUUUAGGCGGUAGUUCCAAAUUAACUUCACAGAUAUGUAUCAAUCUUAUCAUGUCACUCUGAGUGAGAGAGUAAACAUGAGUCAUCAUUAAAUAUUGAGUUACUCAUCUCAAGUUGAUUUCAAAUGUUACACCUCAAUAAACAUGAAAGCGAAUAAGAAUCAGAAAAAUCAGCUGCUAUCUGUGCAAUAGCUGCUCCUAAAGGCAUUACAGGAACAGCGUGAAUCCAUCUCAGACUCACCACUCACCUCUGCAUUUACUAUAAGUGGGGAGUAGAGAAAAAGUAGUCCCAGAGGUGAUGAUCUCAGAAUUAACAACUACAACACACUAAGCACCUCUGUAAUCUCUUUAUCAUCGAACUGUGGAGACCCGUCUGUCUGUAAGUGCUGUCCAACAUCUGACCUGUGUAUGACAUCACUGGUCCCAUGCAGGGCUCCGGUUAAAGUCCAGCGUUACAGACAGGCGCUUAUGAGUCACUCUUGACCCGCCCUCCCUAUACAGCAUGAGAUAAGCUGCAGUGAACAGUGACUCCAUGAUAGUGCUCACAGGCCAUGCCCAUUAGCUCCAAAUAACACUCUCAGUGUACAGCGCUGUCAUCUGCAUCAUAAUGGCCACAUUAACAAGCAUUACACAGCCAUUGGCUUUUAGAUCUACUCACUGCCACAAAGGCCAUGCAUCAUAACACUGUGUUCAGCAACACACCCAGUGAUGGCUGUUGUUUUUGUGGUAACUUGGCAUCUUCAUGUUGGCUCUCCACUCCUCUCUGCAUGUCUUCUUGCCUCUGUCCCUGGAUUUGUACGGUCUAUUUUCCACUCUACUUCAGCCUCGUUACUCACCUUCUCUCUGUUCUCUUCCCUGUUAAACCUGGUAACAGUCAUCCUCAAAGACUCUCUCUCCUCCUUACCCAUCUCUCUUUCUGUCUCUCGCAGUUUCUAACACCACUCAUUUCCGCAGUACAUAGAAGUUUUUACAUGAGCACCUAUUAUUCAGCCAUAUACGCUCCAUCUUUGCUCCGCUUACAUGAUGCUUGAGAGGAUUGAGAGGAAUGUUCUCUCACAUUAUUCAUUUGAAAGCCUUUUCCCCUUGCCAAUACCACCUCAUUUUAUCCCUUUGUUGGAAACAAUAGUCACUAGAGAUAAAAAUUCCUUUCAAAACACCAUCAAUCCACCAGUUUAAUGAAGUUGGAGAAAUGGGUGCACUCUUUUAUCCCUCCGUGCGCCUACACUUGAGACAGAGGGGUGGAUGGAUGAUGAGUUCGGAGAGAGAAUUGAGUUAUUCUCAGCUGUCUGGCUGUCUGCUGUCUAGACAGUGGGUCAGAUGAUCUAAAAGAUUUGAGUGUCAGCUGCCGAGACAUGAGAAAUCUUUAGGCUGGAUUUAACACUGGAUUAAGCUGUGGAGUUUGCCAAGUUUUGGAUCUGUGUUUUGCACAUUUUUCUUGCAUAUAGAAAUGCAUAGGAAAUCAUCACUUCAUAUUUCCAGCAGCAUGAUACCAUAAGGGGGGUGUAGUUGCUUACACUUUAAAAAGAUCUACUCAGUUUUUUCACUUCAUGCUAUAUAUGCAUAAUCUAUGCAUGAUCUAUACAGAUCACAAACAGAAUUUAUUAUAACUCAACUUAAAUUAAAUGAGAGUACGUUUGCAAAAAUACAGAAAUUCACCUUGUAGAUUAGUGUAAGAACAGGUUUUUUUUUUGCAGAUACUUUUUAAACCCCCAGAAGCAUUAAAGAAAAGACAUCUUGCUAUUUGUACACUUGAAAGAAUUUGGUCAAUUUCAGCCUAAGUAAAAAGCCCUUCAUCAUUUUUUGAGUUAUUUCUUAACCCCUGUGACUGUUAGACUUUUAUACCUUUAAACUGGCUUUAAGAUCCCAUGCUGAGGGGUUACUUAAAUCUGAUUGUAAUAACUGCUUCACACUCCUGUAAAAAUCACAUAUAUUACUGAUGUAAAAUCACACGACUCCUCAGAAAUACAGCAGUACAGUGUAUGACAGCUGAGAAGCUCAUAGAGCCCGCUGUACUCCUCUUACAGUAGGAUCAGCACCACGGACAGCACCAUCGACUUUUACACUGCAAAAACAAGCACUGGGUGCUGCUAUUGGAUAUGGGGUGGGUCAUAUCUGUGACAGAAUUGCUGAGUUAUGAAGUAGGUAGAUAAGUUCACAUCACUCAUAUGUCGAGUUUAUGCCUUUUGCUAUCCUUUGUCAUCAACUGGGCACUCGCUAUUUUUUAUUUUUCAUCUACUAUGUAUUGACUUUUUUCUUUUUUUUUCCCUCCAUGCUGCCCCAGCUUCAAUCGUAGCCCAGAAGUGGUGGUGCCACAUGCAGCCAUGUAUGGAUGGAGAGGAGUGUAAGGUCCUUCCUGAUCUGACAGGCUGGUCCUGCAGUACUGGCAACAAAGUCAAAACUACCAAGGUAAGAGGCACGUCAUUGUUUUCAAUUAUUUUCUGCUUUUCUUUUUUUUUUUUUCUGUGCUCACACAGUCACCUUCAUGUUUGUUCUGCCAAUUUCAAUUACUGUAGCGACUUUGAUAACUUGUAAUUUUGUCAGCAGCAACAAAGCAAGUAACCCGAAAAUUCCCCUGAGAAACACUCAGUGUCCAGAGAGACUAGAAGAAAUAUUUCUGAUCAUCUUCCAGCUACACUAACAUUUGAUGUAGCCAGAACUGCGAAAGAUCUUCAAUUAAAUUGAUUUUUUUUCUGUCUGUGAAACAUCUCGGCUCAAUUUGUGUCUGGUAAGGAAACUUUUAACAGAAUGACUCUUAUUGCUAUUUCUUGUAAUCUAUCUGACAGUAACAAGAAAGAACUCUGAGCUUCUUACCGAACAAAUUAAAAAUAACCUAAUGAACAAAAACCAAGCUAAUCAACAAAAAGCCCCACGGUAAGUGCUACUUGUUCAUUUAGUGACACUGUAUUCAUUCAGUGACGAUUUACAAAAAAAAAAAGCUAAUGAGAGAAACACAAAACCUCUGUUCACUCUAAACAACCAUUGUGUGACGACAUUUUAACUGACUCUUUUCUGAUGAGAUAAAUUGAUUUAAAUGAGGGUCCUUCAUGGCCCUUUGUAAGCUGUUGAGGUGUGAAAAGUAAUUUGCAGCACUGACAACAAAGGGGUGUGUAUAUAUGUUCCACGGUGUGUGUGUGUGUGUGUGUGCACAGGGAAGGAGCAGCUGCAGUUUAUUUACAGGUGAAACAUUAAAAAAAAAAAAAAAAAGUUGAGAGGAAAGCAGUGCAGGCGCCAUAAGAAUAAUUGCUUGAGAGAUGGCAUAACAGCACAACAUCUGUCGCAUUCAUUAGGAUGCAUUACGGUGGGGGCCUUCCACUGAGGCGCUACAAUUAAGAGUCAUAAUUACAUUGGUGAGUGAGAUAGACUGAGGAAGAAAGGACCUACUGGGCUCAGUCACAGGCAGCGGAAUUAAUGACCCUGGGCCUAACACCAACCCUGGGACCUAUAGGUGCAAUUAUCGUCAUCCUGUUACACGUUGCCAUCUCUCUUCUUCUUCUUCUCUUGUCUCCUUUCUUCCACCGUGUCUGACAAGAAGUUCAGCUGAGGGAGGGAAUGAGGAGCCAAUGGCUGACUGCAUCAGUGGACAUUAAUUGUGCAUUUCCAAGGUGCUUUGGGACCAGAGAGCAGUUACUUGGAGACUUGAUGGCAGAUGUCACUGAAGAUAGUUGCAAUGAGACAUCGAUUCCCUGGCAACCGCUCGAAAGGCCCCGCUCUCUCGCUCCCUCCGUUUCUCUCUUUUCUUUAUCCUGCGUCUUUUCUACCCAUGACCUCCUUUCACCACCUCAGCGUCUCAUUCACCAUUAUGAUCUGUAUCUGUCCAUCUGUUUUCACUCCCACACAGCGUAGGUGUGCAGUAGAAAGAUGCAUAGAUUGCCUGGCCACAGCACCAGAAUGCUGUUUAACAAGGAACAGCGAAGACGCAGUGGAAUAGAUACACAUUUUCACAUGUCCCACCUUAACUGUCUUUUUUUUAAAGUCAAGCAUUUACACCACAGGGUGAGAAUCACAUUUUUUUGUGAAAAUUAUGCAUUCCUGUUCCCAAAAAAAAAAAGCAUGUUGGAUGAGGUUUGUUGAUGAAAAACAAGCUCUAUACAUAUACAAUUACACACCUUCAACUUGCUGCCCAAUUGUAAACAAACCAUUACAGCUCCGAGACAUGUGAAAUCCAGCUUUAGCAGUUGGUCCACGCAAUCAGUCAGCCAGCUAGGCAGCAAAACAAAUAUUUGCAACUGAAAGAAAAAAGACACGGAGCCAGAAAAACGGAGCAACCGGUCUUAUUUGGAAUACUGUUCUCUCUCAUCAGAUGGACUCUUUUAAAUGGAAACUAAGCGGGACAAAGUCAUUCCCUGUAAUUACAUGUCUCUGUGACACUGAGUCUUUUCUUCUGAUCUGUUGUAUUCUUUUCUUUUUAGGUCACACGGUAG